CGGGACGCCACGCCUGCGCAGUGGAGCUCGCGCGCCGCGCUCUGCGCUCGGGUGAAGGUCCGGACGGCGCGCGGCGACCCGAUGGAGGACCCGCGGGCGGAGUCGGAGCCCCUCCUGAGCCGGGCCCGGGGCGGCGCUGCGUCCGGGCGGGAUCUCUGCUUUGACCAGGCUGCUGUCUUCAUCGAAGAUGCCAUCCAGAUGAGGUGGGGCUCGGGCCUGGGGGACCGGGAGGCGGGGCUUUGUCUCUGGAAGGCCCUGCCGCUCCCCCCUCCGCCCCCGGAUGCGCUCUGCGGCCCAGGGCGUUGCUGGCUCGUGCGUUUCGAUCAUUUCUGUUCCUCUCUCAGGACAUUGAGUCUCACCAUCUUCCUGAUCCUGCUUCUGGCUUUUAUCGAGACGCCUUCAUCGCUCACCAGCACCGCGGACGUGCGCUACCGCUCGGCCCCCUGGGACCCGCCCUGUGGCCUCACCGAGGGCGUCGAGGCGCUCUGCCUGCUGGUCUUUGUGGCCGACGUGUCCGUGAAGAGCUACCUGGUCGGGUGGGCCCAGUUCCGGAAAAACGCCUGGCUGCUGGCCUACCUCGUGGUGCUGGUCGUGUCCCUCACCGACUGGAUCGUGUCGCUGAGUCUGGUUUGCCAGGAGAUAGGACGGACCCCGCUCACUACCACGCCUUCUCUUCCGUCGCUGUCGUGGGUGGAGGGGUGUGGGCGGUCCGGGCCCCCGGCUGUGCCUGAGACUGAAGCCCCCUCCCCGUUGUGGCUCUGUGUGUCUGAACACGCAUCUCCUGGUCCUCCUGUCGCCAGGCUCUCGGGGGGGCCCCCCCAGCCAUGUCCCGUGUGUCCCCCCAGGAAGCCAGAGAUGCUGGGCCUGCUGUCGCUGUGGGACAUGGCCCGGUUGGUGAACAUGCUCAUCGUGUUCCGGUUCCUGCGCAUCAUCCCCCGCAUGAAGCUGAUGGCCGUGGUGGCCAGCACCAUCCUGGACCUGAUCAGGAACAUGCGGGCGUUCGGUGGCAUCCUCGUGGUCGUGUACUACGUCUUUGCCAUCCUGGGCAUUAGCCUGUUCCGGGGCACCGUCGUGGCUCCUGGAAAUGGCAGCCUGGCCCCUGGGAACGGCUCGGCGCCCUGCGGAAGCUUCGAGCAGCUGGAGUACUGGGCCUACAACUUCGAUGACUUCGCGGCCGCCCUGAUCACUCUGUGGAACGUGAUGGUGGUGAACAACUGGCAGGUGUUUCUGGACGCCUAUCGGCGCUUCUCAGGCCCGUGGUCGAAGGUGUACUUUGUGUUAUGGUGGCUGGUGUCGUCGGUCAUCUGGGUCAACCUGUUUCUGGCUCUGAUUCUGGAGAAUUUCCUUCACAAGUGGGACCGCCGCACGCCUCUGCAGUCCCUCCCUGGGGACCCGGAUGCCUCCUGUCACAUGACCGCGGAGCUCUUGUUCAGGGACGUCCUGGAGGAGCCCACGGAGGACCAGCUGCUGGAGAAGCUGUGCCACCACCCGCACCUGCGGCUGCGCAGCUGAGCCCCGGGGGCGCCGUCCCCGUGCGGGCGGCAGGUGGCCGUGUGGCCUCCAGACGGAUGCCGGGUGAGGGAGCAGCCCGGGAGGAGAGACGCUCCGUGGCUGGGCUCUCCCCCUCGCGAGGCCGGAGCGGGGAGCAGGGCCCGCAGCGCCUCGGCCUUGCGCCCGGCCGCCGUCUCCUGUCGCUGCUUCCGCGGGACCUUGACGAUGGGCAGCCCGUGGCUCCCUGGGACCUUUGAGACCGACUGGCAAGCGGGAGGCUGUGGCCGUCCUCGUGGGCCCUGCGAUUCCCACGGUGCCUUCCCGCCGGUGGCCUUCCGGGACCACGGGCCCGCCUGGGGCUGCCCGGGGCCUUCGGUUUGGGUGGUUUCACAGGGAGAGACCCUUAACUGACUGACGACCUCGUGGCUGCCGUGAGCGCUGAUUGCCGGGAGCUCCUUACGGCUCAGAACGUCAACAGCUUUUAUCCUGAAGUGUCGCAAAGAGUGAGGCUGUCAUUUGUGUUUGGACCCGGCCCCCAAUGUGCUUCUCUGGGACUGGGUGGCCGGGGAAGGUUGUUUAGGUUGUGCACUGCAAACCUGGCUGCGGGGGCGAGUCCCGGCCCUGGAGUUUCUCCCCAAGGCGACGGGUACACUUUCUCUAACUUGCAUAAAGCACCUACGUAUAA